AUUAUUAUUAUUAUUAGCCUUUGCUCCUUGCAUUGGUCGCCGCCUGCGUUUGCUCCUUGCGCACACCCCUGGGAGAGAGGGGCGGGAGAGGCGCACGCGGCGGGGUUUGCAGAGGGAGCCUGGGCAGCGGCCAAGGCAGCAUCUCUCCGCCGCUUCGGGCGGGUGGGGGGCUCUGGCUGGUUUUGGAGCAGAGCCACUCGCUCGUCUGACUGGCCGCGCACUGCAAGCAGCUCUGCCUCUCCUCGUCGUCGUCGUCUGCCCCCCGCCUUCCCCCCUGAAGCGCGGCCGCAGGGAGGGGGCGCCCGGAGAGCGGGGUGCUGCUGCUGCUGCGGGGAAAGUUGCCGCUCGCUGGCGGGGAGGGAGGGCGAUGCCUUCUGAGCGCGAGCUGCCGCAGGGGGGAGAGGUCCUUUCUGCGGCCGGGAGGGGCAGAGCCCCGCGGGCGGCGGCGGCAGAAGCAGAAGCAGCAGCAGCUGCACAAGCCGGGUGCGACUGAAGAAAGAGGCAGGCGAGCAGGAGGACGGAGAAGCACCAUGCCGCCCUUCUUCCCGCGCUGGGCGCCGAGGCUGCUCCUGCUGGCCUGCGGUUCUUUGUGCCUCUACUGUGCAGUUUCAGAAGAUCCUGGUACUGAAGGACUGACUUCAACCUCCUUCGUGGAUUUCUCAGCAAUGUCUCACUUAGAGUCUCUAGAUACCAGCAAACAGCCAAACUUGGAGGUGUCAGAACCAGACCUUGUCCCCAAUGCCCUGCUAGCCUCACCUGGUUCGGGCUUUUCCAGCGAGGAGAAUGAAGAUUCCAAGAUCCUUCAGACCCAGUAUAUUUGGGAUGAUGGUGGAGACAUAAAUGAUUCCAGCUUGUAUGUGGGACAGUCAUCAGAUUACAGUUUUCCACUAGCCUCCCAGAAGGCCCUGCCUAAACGAAAUGGGACACAAGCUAAAAAUCCUUGGGAAACAUCCACUCUCCAUCAGCCAUCUGAUUCCCUUGAACCUGACUCUGAAGCUCCUUCCACCAGUGUCCUUGAGGAAGAGGAAGGAUUACUUCCUAUAAACCAGUCAAGGGGACCUCCUCAGAGCAGCCAAACACCAGGCGCUUUUCCUGAAGCACCUAGCCAGGACUCAUUGUUCUCAAUUCUUUUCUCCACAACAACCAGCAGAAUGGGUCCAGUGACUGAAACAGCUGCAGACAGGCAAGAGGAAGAAUCUGCUCCUGAACAUGUUUCCUCAGGCUUUGAUCUAGGGAGCAGUAUGGGACCCAGCCUCUUGCCUCUGUCCUCCAUUUUGUCAGCCACUCCGAAAGCACCUCAGCUUGUCUCAGAGGUCCCUGUCGAGGUUUCUUCAGAAGGUACAGUAAGAGGAGGGGGGGAACUCAGAGAACCCAUAGCAACAAUAGGUACAGUAGGAGCUGAUGUAAAAGAAGUGGAAACCACAAGAGGGGAGAGGCAAAAGCCCAUAGCAGGAGCAGAAAUGGGACAAAGAGAUUCCAUAGAAGGGACAGUGGCCCCAGAAAUGUCUACAGCGGAGAAGACAGGAGAUGAUUUUCUAAGAGCAGGAUCGCAUGGGGACAGCACUCCUGUUGCUGAGACGUUUUCUAGGUCUUCUAGCAGCCCAUCAAACCCCAGCUCUUCAGUGGGUUUCUGGGACUGGACUGAUAACCCAGCUCCUACUUCCACUUCCACUCCCAGUCAGAAUAGAACAAAGCUUCCAGUCGCAGCAACUACUGCAGCAGAACGGAGCUUUGCACUGCAAACUGAAGAUGUCCACACGGCUGUGCUGUCCACAGGAGUGCCUUGGAGUUUGACCCAGGUGACCUGCAAGGACUGGAGCAACCUGGCAGGCAAAAAUUACAUAAUCUUGAACAUGUCUGACAACAUUGACUGCGAGGACUUCCGUGUGGAGAGGGGCCUUCAGUUGCUGGCACUGGUGGAUGAUGCUUUCUCCAGGUAUGAAAAUGGAUUGCAAGGCCAAUGGUUGAUCUCCUUAAGCAAACCCAAUGAGAACGACAAACAUCUGCUAAUGACCUUGGCUGGAGAACAUGGAGUUGUCCCAACAAAUGAUGUUCUCCUGGCACUAGGUGACAUGCGGAGGAGCUUAGCUGAGAUUGGAAUUCAGAACUACACAACUACUUCAAGUUGCCAGUCACGUCCCAGCCAGACCCAUAGUGACUAUGGAAAGCUUUUUGUGGUGCUGGUCAUUAUUGGCUCAAUCUGUGUCAUCAUCAUUAUAACAGGACUGAUUUACAACUGCUGGCAGAGGCGCUUGCCGAAAAUGAAGAACAUGUCACAUGGGGAGGAGCUACGGUUUGUGGAGAACGGCUGCCAUGACAAUCCGACCUUGGAUGUAGCCAGCGACAGCCAAUCAGAAAUGCAAGAAAAGAAGCCAAGUGUGAAUGGUGGGGGAGCUGUUAAUGGACCUGAGAGCUGGGAUGUCCUCAUUAACAAGCGGGCAGGCGAAGAGGGAGAUGUGUUUGAGGAAGAUACACACCUUUAAAAGAGGAGUCGGGUGUUUCUGAUUGCACUCUUGUUUGACUUAAGGGCCAUUUGGUGAGGGUGGCUCCUCAGGAACUUAUUUUUUCAGGUUCGGAAUGGAUCUGCCCAUCACGGUCCUGAGGCACCAUCACAGUCCUGGAGUCGGAAGGGCCACCCUGAGCAGAGUGGGUGGGGGGUGGGGCGUGUUUGUGUGUUGCUGUCAGUAGCGCCAAUGUUUAAUCACUUUUAAAUGCACUUGCUCUAGUUCUUUGGUAGGAAUGGAGGAUGGCCAGGUUUGAAAAAUAAAUGGUAUCAAGGCUUAGCAUUGCCCCAGAGUGGUUUACUGAAGGAUUCGUCACAGAGGCAGUAGGCCAGUUCCGCACAGGAAAAAGUGGGUUCACAACCUGUCUCAAAAGGUACAGUGGCAGCAAGGAAAGACGGCGUAUUUCUUGUCUAGGCUUGGGAUAUGAUGCAUUAAGUCAGUCUUGCAAUUCACCACUCACCUUGUUGCCCAGCAUGAGAAACUUUUCCUUCUAGUGAAUGACCAGCAGGAUUUUCUACUCAAGCUGCAAAGUGGUUCAUAACUGUUAAGUGCUGGGCUGACAGGUGUAUUGUGUGAGCUGGUAAUUUUAAAAACUUCUCUGUAAGGUUGCUAUUUAGGCAGAACAAAUCUAUUCUGCUCAGGUAGCUGACAGAGCCCUAAUUUUAGGUGCUAGCAGGAUAUUGCAUUGCCCCUUCCCUUACUAUGACAUUUCGCAGUAACAGCACCUUUUGUGGAUCCAAACCUAGUGGAAACUGAACUGAUCUAGCUUGGUUGACCUGAAUCCAGAAAAGUAUUUUUCUAAUACAGAAUGAAUUCCUGCUAUCACCUUCACAAGUUUUCUGGACUGGCAAUUAGAGAUCAGAAUUUUGGGGCAGCAGUGGGCAGGGAAGCCAGCUGGGAAGUCUCCUUUACUUUAGUUAAUGCACUUACUAUAACAGCUACGCUGAUUGCUGCGCAAGUCUUCUUUGAUUGACCUUGAAUGAAACAGAUGGAAAACUUAAGUGUCCUCUUCUGUACCAGUGGAGUAAAUUUUGAUUUCAUCUACCCAGCUAUAUGUCAGGAAUAGGUCAGUUUAAACAAAUGAGGUUAGUACCUUAGUACAGUAAUACCUCUGGGAUCAAAACUAGGCUCAAGGGCUGCCAUAUGAAUGCUUUGUUAGCAUGCCUUGGGCAAACUAGAAUGCCCCAGGCUUCUUUGAGAAGCACUUGCAUAUGCAGAACCUCCCAUUUUCAGUGCUGAUGGCUGGUCUCAAUAUAUUUUUGCUUCCUUUUCUCCAGAAUGUUACUCCGUUACACACAUCUCAUGGCUUGUCUCACUUCAAAAGGAAAAUGACCAACACAAAAACUUGUUAUGAUUGCCUGUCUGGCUCAACCGAGUUGCCAUUAAUAAUACUUGCUCUUUAACAGAACCAUCACACACAAAGAUUCAUGUAUAUUUAAUGGAGAUUGCUGAUUAACUUGUAAUGGAAAUCUGUUAGCAUCCAAUCCGUAGCUCUCUAUGAGCACUGAAAUCUGAUCUCCCAAAGACAUAAAGCAAUCUUGUCAGCACAGUUUAAUUUCACAUAUAAAUACUGCAUAAAUCUUACAUACAGUAUUGCAAGGAUUCUUUUUUUAAAAAUGUUCAGAUGUUAGGCAACAGUAUUAGUUCCCUAGCCAAAUUCCAACUAAAAUAUUCAAUUUAUGUGAAUGUCAGGAUUGCAUUUUCUCUCUGCAGGGGAGAUAUGUGCCAGGAAAACUAUCUCUAAAUGUUUGUUCUUUUUCAUGGUUUGGAUUCUAUGCAGUCAUAUUGCUGCACAGAGCUCAUUCAGGAUUUUAGAGAUCUUUUACAUCUUCCCCUAUUUAUUUAUUUUACUCCAUGGCUUCUUCCAUUUUGUCCUAUCUUAGGGUUUAUGAGAGCAGUUAGUCAUUAUCUUUUUGGCUGUAGUUUUUUACUUGUUUAAGAUUUAACACACACAUACACUAUUUCCUCUCUACAAUGAGUUAGGUUUGUACUGUACUCAUCUUUGUUAUAUACAUGGAGCCACACUGACCUCUGGUGGUGGCUGAGUAAAAUGGAUUAAAGGAAAAAUAGUUUUGUUCUCACGCCGCCUUCAAACACACAAAAUACCAUGAUUUCAAGAUGGAAUGGUUAGAAAUGAAACUACAGGCCAACUCUACUCCAAAGUAGAUGAAAGGAAGCCAGCAGAGCACUUUCCAAUAACACCUAGAAUUAAGCUUGUGGGAAUAGUGAUGAUAGACCUUGAGUCUUUAAUCACAUGGAUUUAAAAAUUAGCAUAGAGCAAUAAUCCUGUUGGCUUCACUACUCGCCAUAUGAAAAAAUAGAGGAAAGGGAGCAAUCCUUAAUUAUUACUAGAGAUAUGUUUUACUGGACCAGCUUCUUUUGUUGGUGUGAGACGUAUGCAAGCUUUUGAAUGACGGUAAAACUCUUUAAACAGAAUGACCUCACAAAACGUUUUGAGUCACCUUCUGAUUUAAUGCAAUGUCAUGCUAUCAUAAGAUAAUUCUUUGUAAGCCCACCAUUUUGAGGACUGUAUCAUCUAGUACUGUAGAUGGUAAACCACUUUCAGACAAGGAGAUGUGUGUUCCUACAGAGAUGAGACAUUACCAUUCCUCUGUAGGAUGUAGGGUACAAGCGAGAGACAUUAAAAUAAAUGAAGGGACUGUAUAGUCUUAGUCCAGAUACUACACCACACAAUUAUCUAUGCUAAGCAUAAGAACCCACACUAUGGUUUCAGCUUCCAAAUGUACAACUCUGCCCUCAGCUUCUAAACUUCACAAAUUCGCUUCUUUCACCAUAGUGCUCCAUAGAGCAAUGUCCUUAAGUGAUUUGUCAGUGGUUUGUGAAUUCAGACAUAAGGGCAAUUAUAAUUGGUACAAACUGGUUUGCAAACCAGCUUCCAGUGUUGGUUUGAUAUAAUGGUUUACAAAGGAUUUAUAUUACGUCUGAAUAUAGCCAAAUAGUCACAAAGAGAGAUGCUUCACUCAGCUUCAUGGACUACUGCCCUUACUUGAUGCAUGGUUAUGACAUUCUAGGUCAAUAUGUAAGGAAAUGCAGGGAGGAUAUGAGAAUUCUUGGCAACUCAGCAUGGUCGUGUGGUGACAGCCUUGCAGUUUGAGAACCACUGACUCAGAAAAUAUCUAUGGGCUACCUAAUUCAACAUCUGGUGCAGAAGCCUCUCUGCUGAUUUUUCCAGCAGUGGACAAGAGUACAGAUUGCUACACAGAUGUCUCUCAGCAGGACUUGCCUCGGACACUGAUUUCUCAUGAAUCUCUGAUGAAAAUAAAGCAUACUUUUCCACUCUCUAAAACCAAACACAACUCCCUCCUCCCAACUAAAAAAACUAAUAAAGGCUGAGGAAUCUGCUGUCCUAGUUCUUUUGUUACAUGCUUGUGAAGAUAAAGCCUCCGAUACUACUAUUAGCCUUACUAUCCUGGCUCCUACACUGCUGUAUUACAUUAAGGAUAUGAAUGGGAUAGUGUGGAUCUCCAAAUCACUGCAGUGAUUCCCAAAUGAGGGAUUGAGAAUCAGCUGGAUAAGAGUGGGAUGGAUAGAUUGCAGCAGAGAGCUGCAAUGGUUGGGGAAGAAUUAUAAAUCAAUUAUUCUGAUUGAGAUGAUCCCAUUAGAAAGACAGACUGCAACCCUACACCCACAUAAAAUUAAUUGAACUUACUGAGACAUAUUUCUGAAAAAACAUGCACAGAAUAAAAUGUACUGUUAAAUUUUAAACAUUUGGGAAACGCUGCACGAUUGCUUCCUCUCAUCCCCGAGUCUUAUUUUUCUAAGGAGACUGAGAAAGUUGACCUUCAUUUGGAAAGUUUCCUUAAUAUACAUAAAAGUAGGGUUCUUUUCUUGAUGGAAAUUUUACAUACUCCAAAAUGUGAUGGUUUUAUCAUCUGUCAUUUCACUUGCUAGCAAAUGUUCCUUAGUCACCAGUAGCACUUUUUGAAAUAAAGUUUCUGGUCAAGA